GGGUUUUUCGGCAGUGGCCAAGAAGCAGCGCUGCUGUGGCGAGGGGUAGCCUCGGAUGAAGGGGGGGAGCAGAUUUUCCCUGCAAGGAGGGGACGCACAAGCACAAUGCACUUCCAGUGCAUUCCCAGGUGGGGGAUGCAGUUCCAAUCGGGUGGGGGACGAGUGAGAGGGGUCCACUCCUCGGAAACUACCGAUCCAGUUCGUAUCUUUUCGCGUCUCCGGCACCCCACCGCCCCCUCUCUCGCUCCUUCAACUCCAAUGCAGUGUGAUGCACAUUUGCAAGCAGUGCGUCGGCUAAACCGGGUUACUCCUGUGUAACAAUAAGUGACUUUUUCAUCUUUUUUUUCAAAUUCAGCUAUUUUCCAAGCUGCCAUUCAUGAUCUGACUGCCAACUCCUUGGACACUAGUUCGCUUUUUGAAGUGAGUGCACCACACAUGAUAAAAGUCAUUUCGGAUUUUAACACCUACAAUAUUUCGCAACCCGGCCACACUCUCUUCUUGACGAUAAAAGGGGCUGGAGAGGGUGGCCGAGGAACUGAUGGGCCGACGGUCAUGGGCGAGCUAUCAAGACACGAUGGUCGGACAGGAGUGUAGGACCAAGGAGCCACUAUGCGCCCCAUCGAAAACGGUGGGUGAACCCGGAGAACGGAGCGGGUCUGACAGCCCGAGCCCCAUGGACUCCUCUCCAAAAUGGUACAUUAAACCCCCGGAUUCUCCGGAAUGCUUAGACGAGCCUUUAGAUUUGAGCGCGAAACCAGCCCAACCUCCGCCCUCGAUCAAAAUUCCGAGUCCAAACAAGCACAUAUUUAAUAUUGUAUUUGACGACAGGGCGAAGCCAAGACUGAGUGCUGUAACUGGGCGGAGGACUUACACAGAAGAAGAACUUCAAGCGGCUCUUAGAGACAUACAAAGUGGCAAGCUGGGGACCAGACGGGCAGCCGUUAUAUACGGCAUCCCGAGGUCCACAUUGCGUAACAAGGUGUACAAGUUGUCCCAGGAGAGACGGGACGUAGGAGGUAUAGAAAGUGCCAAGGAUGAUGACGACGAUGAUGAUGAUGACAGGGACCUAUCCGAGGAGGAGCGUGAAGUGGUGAAAGUCCUGAGGAGGCCUUUGCUGAGCAUGGAAGACGUUCUGAAACUACCUGCUGACGGGAGAGCUUGGCCAUACCUUCAACAACUUCUCGGUGCGCCCCACGGGCUUCCCGACCUCGUCGACAGGUUGGCCAGAUCGAGGCCCAGUUGUUCGACCGACAAAGAGGAGCCCGGGGUCAUCCUAAGAGUUCCUUCUUACAGACCCAAAGACGGAGGGUCGCCCAUGGACCCUCAACUGGCUUCCAGGAGCGAAUCGCCACCUGUCAAACUCCAUGCUGUAAGUCUUAGGGACGUCAUCACUAACACGAUAAAUAACAAAUUGGCGACGCCGGAGUCAUCCGUCACGCUGACUACGCCGACACCGCAGCCGUUGGAUUUUAGGAGAGAUCUCAAUGUCAUGAGAAAUCUCAAUAACAACCAUCUUGACGAAAAGAAACAUUCCUCUGGAAAUAAAUCCGUCACAAACAACAGCUGCGGCACCGGGAGCACUGGGUCGAACUCGAGUGGAGGAAAAGGUACGCGUCCCAAACGCGGCAAGUAUAGAAACUAUGACCGUGACAGUCUCGUCGAAGCUGUGCGAGCAGUGCAAAGAGGAGAGAUGAGUGUUCACCGAGCAGGAUCUUAUUACGGCGUCCCUCAUUCGACCCUUGAGUAUAAAGUCAAAGAGAGGCACCUCAUGAGACCCAGAAAGAGGGAGCCGAAGCCCCAACCCCAAAUCCUGCCCGAUGAAGGCAAGCGGAAAGACGAAAGGCCCAGAACGCAGAGAUUCACACCUCCUCUCGCCACCGCUAACGGAAGUAUCAAAGUUCCCGGUUUGUUCGACACCCCAGCCUUAGGCUUCCAUAGCGCUCCCCCUUUCCCCUUUUGGCCCUCGGCGCCUCCCUUUUCCGCACUGCCCUUGGAUUACGGAGGGAGGGAAUUAUUCGCCAGCCAGAUGAUGCAGCGACUCCACGAAGACGCCACGCAACCGCUGACGAAGACGACACGUGAAAUCGCCGAAAGCCUCUACGACGGUACAGGUGAGAACGGCAACUUUUUGGACGGUAUAAUUAGAUCGAGCUUAGAAACAGGCCUUCCCGGUGCCGGUAAGGAAGCGGGCAAAGUUUUGUUGGAGCAGUUGUGUCGAGGAGGUGCUUUGACCGAACAGAAUAAAGCGUUGGUGAGUAAAGAGUCACCGAUAACCGUCAAGCCUGAGACGAGCCCAGAACCUCCAACGAACGUCUGUGACACGGCACAAUGCUGAGACGAGGGCGGCGUCACCCUUUCCUCCUCAUUUCUAUUUCCUAUCCUCCUUCCAACCAAUCACCUGAAAUCCCUUGACAAAAACCGACUCGUCUCUAAAAUUCCUCUUUGGUGCUUCUAUUGUUGUGUUUAUGUGCGGAUAAAAUUCUGAUUGUAGCUUCGAAGCUUUGAAAGUUCUAGUCUUAAAUUUUUGUACAAACUCUGAAAUUAGUAAUGUAAUUACUGAUUUCUUUUUAAUGUAUAUAAAUAAAAAAUGAUCCAGUUGCUUUAAAUUACUUUUAAAAAUUUGCUUCUAAAGCGUGUCAGAGACGUGUGACAAAAAUCAAUUGAAGAUUUUGUGAUUGAAGAGUGUUGGUAUUAUCCUAAAACGAAAUACAUCUAUCUUUUUUACAUACAUAUAUUGAAGAGGAAAAAAUGAAGUUUAAUGAAUAAAUGAGGUUAAAAUAUUUUAGCAAAACUAAAUGUUCAAUUACCGAGGGCAUUCCCAAGAUCUUUUUUGGAGCAUGUCAUUGUGGUGAGUCGAGAAUCCUUCUAACGUGAUAUUUAAAAUUUAGACGUGAUUCAUUGAAAAAAAAAAAUGUUUGUUGAAUAACGUGUCAAGAUCGUUUCUCUCGUUAUAUAGAAUAUUUACAAAUAUAUAAACUAUUAUAUUAUAUAACACUAUUGAUUGUUCGAUGUUUUAAAACUCUUGUACCAUUGUCAGAAAAUUUUAAUAAAUGUCAUUUAAAACAUUUUUAUCGGUGUCCUCUCUCCACAAAGAAAAUUCAAAUUUAACCAUUUCUAUGCACUCAGAGCUUAAACUAUAAAGUAUUUUUCGCAUUAAUGUUCCGGCAAAACUAUUCAAUUUUGGCCUUCAAGUCUAUUCCAAACCCAAAAACUGUUACAUUUUUAUAAAAUAUUGCUAUCUAAGAAGUUCCAGUUUACUCGCCCCAUUAAUCGCAUCACUAGAUUGUUGUUUUCUUCUUUCUUUAUGUUCUGUGGUCUUUCAUUAUGGGAUAAUUGCGGGGUAAGCAAUGUGUUCGAUCAUCUUGGGACGCCUUCAAAUAUUCACUGUCUGUGAUUAAGCCAAAUUUCCAAAUAUAUUUUCAAUGAAUUUAAAUGAAAAAAAGGAAAAUAAGAUCCAAACAAAAAAUUAUGUACGAGUUGUUAGUUGGAUUUUGUUUUAGGUCGAUUUUUAUUUUUUUUAUUAUUUUUUUUUUACUUACUAUUAUUGUUAAUGAUAAUUUUACAAGGGUGUUGUUUUUUGUUAAGUGCAAUUGAGAAAUAUUGACCUUUACAUAUACAGGUUUUAAACCGCCUACUUGUACGGCAUUCCAUUCUCUUGUUUCCAAAAUAUAUGUUAAAUCGCUAUUUAACAAAUACCAUUCCAAAGGGCUCGACACAUCAGUGUUUUAUGUUACUAUUAAAAUUAUAUUUAAAUUCGUAUUGAAGACAGAAAUGAAGUGAGUGUUAAUUUGCCCAUCAAAAAUUUACACGAUUUUAUUAUAUUUGUUUUGUUUUGUUUUUUCGUAAAGGGACGAUAAAUGUAACUGUGCAAUGGGCCUUCGUCGCAAGAACUUUGGCUUUGUGAUAUUUAAAUCCAUUGUUAACUCAGAUAUUUUUACUAUUAAAGAUUAUUACAACACCAUUUUCAUUUGUCCUCUGUAAUGUCAUAUGUUCUCUGUUAGACUAAUAAUUUUUAAUUAAAAGGCAUUUUUGAAUAGUACUUGUCCAAUAGAAACAAGACCAAUACUUUUACAAAAUGCAUAGUUUAAGAUGUAUCUAUAAUUGUUUUGCGGAUAACCUGGUUGAUGGAAACUUAUUCAGAAUGAAUUAGUAAAGCUACAUAGGGAGAAUUGAUCAAAAUCAAAGUAGAUGGACAUCAUUCAUUGUUUGAUUCCUAAAUGUCGUUAGUAUUCGCUCUGUAUAAGUUCUACGACCCCAAUGCAAAAAAAAAUAUUUUAAAAAAUAAAUAAAAAACAGAACUUUGUAAUUAUUUCAAGAGAACUGUUGGCCCAGUAAAAUAUGUAAUAGAAAACUAUUAGCUUUUUUUAGCGAAAUGCAAAAUCCUUGUUCAAAAUGUAAAAAUAUUUUGUAACAUAUAUUUUUGUAAUUAUUAGACUUAACAAUCAAAUACAUUUUGUGUUCAGCCAUACAUACCUGAAAGGCUUCAAUUUAUGAAUAUUAAGUUUAUGUUAUUGUUUUAAUAUUUUUGUACUCUACUAGGAUUUAAUUUGUAUAUUUAGAUUUUUAUUUCAAAUACUAUUAAUUGCUUAGUUGUUUACUUAGAUUGCUGUUAUUAAUCAACAUUUUAAAUUGAAACUUGGACUUAUAUCAAUAUUAUGUCAAAAAUCUGAGAAAAAAUUAACUCCUAGUUGGGAAGAUUUCCAUAUAUUUUAUGGUUUACUCAAAAUAACGAGGUGUAAAGUUUUUAAGUUUUUUAGAUAAACAGUUUACUAAACAGGUUUCUGCCCAUUCAAACAAAAUUCAAGGUACUUCAAGUGAUACAUAUUGGUAUAGAGAUUUCAAAAGAUUUAGACGUUGAUAUAAGAAUUUUAAAGUGUUGUGGAAUAUAGCGAUGUACAGACUUCUACACAUUAUGUUUGUUAGGCACAAUUUGUUAGUUUGCCAAUGCUCACGUUUUUUUUCUUCUAAAUUAACUAAACAAAAAUAUUUUUGAAUGUGUCAAUAAUUUAUUUGGAAUGAUUUGUUAGUGCAAAAUGUGUUCUCUUCGAUAAUAGUGAGAAAAAGUCUAUCCGUUCAUAAUAAUAUAUUAAUUCAUUGAAAAAGGGACCACUUAUUUGAAACUUAGCAGCUUUUGUAUUUUGUUAGUCCAAUUAAUAACGAUAAAAUUCGAAGAAUGAAAGUGUGCGUAAUUUGUUGGAAAAUCUACUUUUUCAUUUUGAUCUCCCAAAACAGAAAGCAUUUAGAAAGUUACCUGUCGAUUUUCUUCCGUGAGCGAAAUAAUCAAAAUUAUCCCCGAUGAUGUGGAUAUCAUAUUGUAAUAACAAUUUUUGAUCUAAUGGUAAUGACGCCAUAAUAAUAAUAAUAGAUAGGGCAGAAAUCAUCAUUUGUGUUAAUGUUUAUUUUGUUUAUUUUUUUUUUAAUUAGUUUGUUAUCUCAACGAAACCGAAGACAUAUUCUUCUAAUGAUCAUAUUUCAAAUAAUUCUGUAAUUAAAUUUAGUAUAGUAGACAAAACAAUGUGAAUUCUCAUUUACACGCCAAAAUUUUUGUUAUUAUAAUUAUAAAUAUAGGAUAGUUAAAAAAUGUAACGCAUGGUGAACUCUUAAUCAAUGUUUUUUAAUGGAAAAAACAAACAAAUAUUCUAAUUCAUGUUUUUAAUGAGAACGACAGUGUUUGUAAAAAUAGAAUAAUGGUUGCAUUUAUAAUACUGACCAAUUUGAUGUUUUAUAUUAAAAAAAUUUCUAUUAAACUGCAUAUAAUGUGAAAUGUUGAUUGGAAACAAAGCAAUGAAGAUGGAAUCUGUAAAAUACAUAUCUUUUAAAAGUGUGAUAUUAAAUAGAUUAAAUGAAGCAAAAAAGAAACAAAUCACUCAGGAGGACAAGUUUGCUGUUAUUAUUUUAGUCUUGAAUAGAUCAAAACUUUAUGUACUGUAAGUUGUAAAUGUUUUUAAUUUUUAUUGAAAGUAAUUAAUUGUGUAAUUUAAAAAGAUAAAAUUUUAAUACGAAAAUGAGUGAAUUCAUAUUCUGCGUAGAGUCUGGCCAUAUUUUAAAACCAAUAAAUAAAAAUAUGAAACCGUAUUUUUCUAUUUUUAAGAAGAUUGUCAAAACGAGCACGACUGAUUGUCCAGUGUUCUUAAAUGGCUUUAUCAUGAUAUAAAGAACAAAAUAACUGAGAAAAAAAUAUAAUACAGUGUUUUAUAUAAAGUUA